UUAGUCAGACGCUCGGGCUGAUGAUGACCGUAUAUGAGUAUUUAUAAACCAUUUGUGUUAUUUAGCUCCUAGAUAUUGACAGCAUAGAUCAAGAAAUAAGAGAUUAAGUCAGUUUAUUUAAUAAGGGGAAGGGCUUGAUUUUACUGCGCAGCAUCACCACUAUCAUCAUUAUUAAUAAUAAUAUUAUUAUAAAAUCAGCAUGGAUUCAAACGGCACAGCUUUUCCAGUCCAGCUCUACAUUUAUGACCUGUCGAGGGGAAUGGCUCGCCAGCUGAGCCCUAUAAUGUUGGGGAAGCAGCUGGAUGGAAUCUGGCACACCUCGAUCGUGGUGUAUGGAGACGAGUUCUUCUUUGGAGGGGUGGGAAUCUCCAGUUGCCCUCCGGGUGGAACUAUGCUUGGCCCACCAGACACAGUGGUGGAGCUGGGGAACACUGAGGUGACUGAGGAGAUCUUUAUGGACUACCUGUCAUCACUUGGAGAGACCACGUACAGAGGGGAAAGGUACAGGUUGUUUGAGCACAACUGCAACACCUUCACCAAUGAAGUGGCUCAGUUUCUAACAGGCAUGAAGAUUCCUUCCUACAUCACAGACCUGCCGUCUGAGGUUCUCUCAACCCCAUUCGGUCAGGUUUUGAGGCCCAUCCUGGACUCCAUCCAUAUUGCGCCCCCUGGUGGAAACGUCAUCAACAGCCAAAACAAUCACAGCUAGACCUUUUUAACCAGCUUUUUAAACUCCCAACACACACACACACACACACACACCACAGCACACACAACAGACCACAGCAGACAGGCUUCAUACACACAUGCUGUUCCAUGCUACACAUGCUGCCAGCUUGUGGGUCGACUUAACCAGCUGUUCUGAGAUCAGUUCUCGUCCAGUCUUUCUCAGGCUGCAGUUUAACUACCAGGCUGAUCUUGAAACUUGGCUACUUUUAAAGCCACAAUCAGGGAUUUCACAACAGCAGAGUGCUAUCCUCAGCAACUCAGAGUUUUCUGGAACACUGAGAGACACAACGGGAAGAGUGCUAUGAAUGUACAGCCAGAGUAAACGUAGUAUAUUGUGCAAAGGAUAAAAUAUAUUUAUUUUGCUUAGUUUGUAAAUAGGGCAAUUAUAAUUAUUAAUUUAAAAAAAAUAUUAUUUACAUUAAAACAUUAUUUUAGAUUGAUAUAUUGAGAUAUUGAUUGAAAAUAAGCUUAUAAAUGGUCUAAACGUACUAAAAUGUGGACAGAAAUGAUCAUCGAUCCCUGGUUUUGGCUUUAAAGGUGCUGCAGUGAAAGAUAAGUAAUGGUGCUUUUUGCCUCUGAAGACUUUUAUUGGUGUUUUGUAAGUUAAAUUACUUGCGAGUGAAAGUUCAGUCACUCUCUUUUAGUGAGGUUGUGCCAUUUGUGGAAUGAAAGCAGCCACUUCUGUCAUAAUUAGAUCAGAACAACAAUUUAUUACCAUCAUGUGCUACUGAGAGGUUUUAGCUGAUGACAGGUAUUCAAUAUGUGCAAUCAAUCUUGGAUCAAACUGGUUUAGUAGAAAUUUAUUAAUUAAGUAUUAAUAACCAUUUAAACUUGUUUUUUUAAAUGUCAGACUUCAUAAAUGUUGCCUCUGAACUAUGAACCCUUUUAAGUUUGUAGUUCUGUUCAUAUUUCUAUUGCUUUAUGGCUGCUGUACUGUAUGGUAUGGUGUUUUCGGUCCUGGACUCAUCUUGCCCUGCAGAUUUACUGCUUUCACUGCUACUAAAUAACUAGGAUUUACCUAAUCAGCUCAUUAACGAACCCUUUCAGAGUGUUUUACCAGGCCUAAGCUCUAAGCCCAUCAUCUCAUAUAAUGUUUUUCAUAAUGUGGAAUUUACAGUGAUUUAGAGCCACAUCUGGUGAGAUCAGUUAAGCAUUUGUCGACUGUUUUUGGUUUUAGUACUACUGGCCUGGCUACUAAUAAUGAAGAUCGUUCAUGCAUAGAAUCCUCUAAAAGAGUCUGCAGCGAGAGAGCUGAGCCAGAUCAUCAGAUCAUCUGACUCACUGAAAAUGACUAAUAACUGUGUGGCUCCACCCAACCUGACAUGAGGUGUUAAGAACAUUUUUCAGUGCUUUCCUGCAGCCCCACGCCUGUGAUGGUGACUUCAGCACAACAAACACAAAAGGAAAAUAUUUAAAUUUAAAGGAAAACGUCCCUUAUAUGAAACCUUUAAACAGAAAUGGACAUUAUGCUGCAGAUUCCCAGACCAGGAUUGAGUCUAUUUGAAUCAUUUUUAAAUAUUGUGGAAUGAAGGGGUUGUCUCAUGUUGUAGUUAAAGAACAAAUUUGUUUGUGAAAUGAAUUGUGGGUUGUAGUGAGACAUGAUAACGAGUAUAAUGUUUUUUCAAAUAGCCCACCUUUGUUCUUCCCCAGCAUUCCCAAAAACAGCACUUGUAGCCGAUACUCCCAAUAGGCUUAAAAUGCUAGCGAUAAGGACACAGUGUUACCUAUGCAAAGAAAUUACUAUUGUUACACCAUUAACUCAAAGCAGCUCCACACUUUAAUGGUGGAAUUCUAAGGCAUUCCUGACUUUUAAAACAAAACACUGAGAACUUUAAAAGUGCACAGGUAGUUUAUUUAAAAAACACUGUUUUUACAGACAGUACCUUGAGCUAUUUUAUCUGGGUGCCGCCAUCUUGAAAUUAAGUCUCGAUAUGUCAACUGACCAACACAAAUGUAUUGGCAGGAUAGGGGAAUUGAUUGCAAAAUCAAUUCUGUAGAAAUGCAUAAAUUCUGUUGCUGAAAACACAUGUUUACUGUCUACUUAAGGAUGAAAAGAACUAUGAUACAAAGUAUAUAAACUUAUAAACUCAGCUCAAAAGGUUUUACUACUCAGUGACUCGUCUGUCAACUUAGUUUCUAGAUGGCGGCGCCUGGUGAAAUACUUGAAGAUACUGUGUGCAUAAACAUUGUCUUUUUUAAUAAACUACCCGUGGACUUUCAGAAUUCUUUGUUUUAUAUGCCAGAGCCCACAGAAUUCUACCAAUGAAGUGUGGAGCUACUUUUAGCUUGUUAAUAAAGUAAAAUUGCCAUUUCCAUGCAUGGACAGUGCUAUGCCCCUAUCGAAGCAUUGUAAGCCUGUUGGGCGCGUCAGCUAAAAACGCUGUAUUUCAAAAUGCUGGGGGUGAACGGAGGUGGGCUAUUUGUCUGAAGUUCAUACUUGGUAUCAUGUUUCACUACACCUUCAGUUAAUUACACACAGGAUUUAUCCUUUAAGUCAGUCAGUGAUAGUGUGCAUGUAAGAGAAUGAACAAGAUAUUCUACUGUCUUCAUUCAGUUUCCUGGAUUAAGAUCUUUGGCUGUUGUGUGCAUGAGUGUGAGACCAUGAAUUACCUGACAGAUCCCACCAGAGCAGAAGACUAAUGUAUAUCUGUGCCUUCAUUCUGACAGUUUUGGCACAUACAUUAUUUUUAAUAAAUCAUGUAUUUCAUGCUUUAAGUGAAGCUGUACUCAAGCUUAAUCAUUAAUCAAAAAUCUUUUAUAUUAUUUGAGUUAUACAUAUGUACGUCACUCACAUAGACAAAGCUAAAGAUAUUUACAGCCUGCAACAAAGUUUAUAUUUCUGUUUAAACUCACCCUUUCUCAAAUACAACAUUAAAGUGAUAUUAGAUUAUUGUAGUUUGACAGAAUGGUGAGUAUCUGAGACAUCAUUUUAGAAAUACAUUACCAGUCAAAAGUUUUAAUACACCCCAUUAAAAUCUUAUUUAUAUGUUUUUAGUUCAUCUGUUUUCUUUAAAUGUCCUGGCAGUUUAAUUUUGUACCAUUUCUGGUUAUUAACUGGACCUGAAGAGCUGAAAUAGCAAAAAUAAAGGGAAAAAACUGGGGUUUUAAAACUUUUGAACGGUAGUGAAUAUUUUAAGAAAUAAAUAGUAAAAUCCACACCUUGUGUAUAUGACAGCUUAAGCAAUUUAAGUCGAUUCAGCUAUAACAUUCUGUAAAUGUGGAUUUUGGGGGAGGUCCAUAAACUUAAAGAACUUGCUAUAGAAGGUUACAGCUCAUCCCUCUUUAUCCAUCAAAGGACACAUUGUCACUUUAUUAUAACUAUUAUUGUAUUUAUUGUUAUAGUUAUAUAUUAUUAUUAUCAUUAUAUGUCAUUUCCAUUCCUAUUUAAGUGUUGUAUUGAUUUUGUUUUUGUUUGAUUGGUUUAUGUUUAGGUUUAUGAUUAAAUUAUAUGAUAAAUGUUGCCAUAUAUACUUAUAAAUUUUCAUCGUGUGGGUCCUGAAUAUUGACAGUGUAUCUGCUUGGAAUUCAAAUUCUGAAUAUCAUGUUAAUCCUGUUUCAUCUCAAUAAAAAUGAGGUCUGGUCA